AUGAAAUCCUGCGCAGCAGAUAUUCAAAAUUCAAAGAUGAGGGAUGCUAUUGAAGUCGAUCAUUUAAUUACCCUAGUCGAGCAGCGUUCCGUACUAUGGGACAAAACUUAUAAAGAAUACAAGAAUAAAAAUGCAAAAACAACAGCAUGGAAAGAGGUCGGCAUCGUGCCGUGUCUCGAGCGUGGCAUACGUAGAUUUACACGAUGCGACAUCGUAUCGUGA